AUGGUCCUUCGGGAUACCACCGGUGGUUUACGACACCACCAAACAGCCCUAAAAUCGUCAGGCUUAUCAGAACGCUAUGGCUGUGUUAGUUAUCCGAACGCUAAAAAUAUCAAGGAAAUGGGCGCAGUAGUUUCUUCAUGUAACCAGAAGAAAUUGUCCGGUAAACGUCUAUCUCGUGGUUAUCCAAUACCUGAACAACUUAUAUCAGAAACAAAAAAGACGACAAAAUUGAAGAAGCAAAAUGUCAAGCAAUCUAAAUCAAUUAAUACCGAUGAUAAUUUAUUCUGUUUAUGGACUGAUACAAAUUAUAAGUAUUGUGAAUGUGGAGAUAUAUUAACAAUAAAUUUUACUGAAACAUCCGAUAUUUUAAUAGAUCAUUGUGAAUAUGUUGACGAUUUCAUUAUUUCUUAUGUUCAUAACAAGAUAAUUUCAGUUGAUAUAUUUGAAGCAUCAAAUUUAUUAUGUUGUCACUUGUUCGAUAUACGGGAGAUAGUAGACAAUAAGCCACCUCUUAACCUUUAUUCUAUUUACUGUAAAGAUCAUGAUGAAUUAAGAGUUUACUUUACUGAUACUAUUUUGUCUACAAGUCAGAAAAUUGAGAUGAAAGAUAAUGAUUUGUUGGAAAUUAUUUCAUCUACAACAACAUUACAGAAAAUUAAGAUUGAAGGUGAUGAUAUUUUAUUAGAAAUGGAUGAUGAUAAAAAAAUUGUGACGUUAUGGUUUUGUAAUGCUAAUGAUAGAAUAGAGAAUAAGUUAUCAAAAGAAGACAGAAAAACUUAUUAA